GCACCAUCAAAGUCUAAACCCCGGCUGGGAUCGUUGCCAGGGCCGAUUCAUCCUAAGCAUGAGAGGAAAGCUUCGGCCAGCCUUUGCCUCGGCGUGCUUGAACCGCAGCGAGGUAUCUAACACUAUAUAACGUCUUCGUUCUAGGCAAGGAAUGCACAAAGAGUCGUUCAAUCACAGACCCCGGAACGAGGAUCACUACCAUCACAUUCAGGCUAUACUUACAUACUUCGGCACAAUGUCUGCUACUACCUCUCCUACUACCCUUGUCGCGGGUAAGACUGUCGGUCGACUAGGCUAUGGUCUCAUGGGCCUUUCUUCCUGGAAUCUUCUAGUUGACCCUGUGCCUUUCCCCCAGGAAGAUGCUUUUGCAGCCAUGAAGACGGCUGUAGACUCUGGUGCCAAUUGCUGGUCUACUGCCACUUUCUAUGGGCCCCCCACCGAUCCCACGGCCAACCUUAAGCUGAUCAGAGCCUUUUUCGACAAGUACCCCGAGUAUAUCUCCAAGGUUGUCCUGAUCGUGAAAGGCGGAAUGGAUGUUAGGUCGCGGUCUCCUGCUAAGGGCGAUGACAUCGAAUUCUUCCGAAAUGAAAUCGAACAAGUGAAGGCCAUUCUGGGCGACAAGGAAUUGGACGUAUAUUCUCUCGCUCGGAUUGGUGGCACUGCCGUGGAGACCACCUUCACUAACAUGGCUCAACUCAUAAAGGAGGGGGCCGUCAAGGCUAUCGGUGUCAGUGAGAUGUCGGCCGCUUCUCUCGAGAAAGCUCACAAGAUCUGUCCCAUUUCCAUCAACGAAAUCGAAGUCUCCUUAUUCUCAUACGAACCCUCAAUUCGCGACUCUGUCGCCUGGUGUACAGCCCACUCUGUCCCGAUUUUGGCUUAUUCCCCCCUCGGGCGCGGCCAACUCACACGUAGAUACAGGUCUCUUGAGGAUAUCCCUGCAGGUGAUUUCAGAACCAUGUUUCCUAGGUUCCAGGGCCAAGCGUUCUAUGAUAACCAAAAAUUGGUGGAUCAAGUUGAGGAAAUUGCGAAGAAAAAGGGUGUAACUGCUGGGCAAUUGUCGUUGGCUUGGGUUCUUGCUCAAUCAGAGUUUGCGAUUCCUAUCCCCGGGUCACGCAACGUAGAUCGUGUUCGAGAGAACGCCUCCGCCACAGAUGUCAAGCUCAACAAUGAAGAAGUCGAGGCUCUUAACAAGCUGGCUUCGGCUUUCGAGGUUCAAGGUGCUCGUUACCCCGAGAUGUUCCAAAAAGAUCUGAUGAAGUGAACGACUUAUUAAGAACACACUCGCGCAUAGUGCCGAAUAUUCUGAUGGCCUUUUUCAUAGAACAACUUGCUGCAGUUAACGAAUGAA